CGGAACGCAAAUCUUCAUGUCGCCACUUUGAGGUACUUAUAACAGCAGGAUCGAUCAUGAUCAUGGACGAGGACGUCCCUAAGACCGAAGUAUGGGGAACUACAAAGCCAUAAAAUCGAAAGUUGUAGUCACAGACAGAGGCAUUUUUGAGUGUGAAGUACUAGAAGUGGUUGUCGCCCAUUAUGAGGCUUAAGUUUACGCAUGGGUUCGGUUUGAGAACCAGGGCACACCAUUUCCUGUGCCUCGUUUUUUUAUUCCAAACCAAGUUUUUUUGUGGUCCUUAUGCUGUGAAGCUGAAGGUUCAGUUUUCAAUUUCCGCGACGUUGCUGCAGAAUGGCGAUCAGGACGCAGCUCAGGAGCCUGCUGGUGCCAACCUCCGAUCCGGCGAAGUUCUGCAGGCGGCUUCACGUUGGGUGUCAGAAAAUGCCUCACCCACGGCCUCAUCGUCCGCUCAACGGGAGGACCCCCGAACCACUACAGCUGCUCCAGAUCGACCCGACCUGAUCAUUCUCUCACCUCUCAGUGGUGACGAAAUAGCGCGGCUACCUUUCGAGCAGUGGGCAAAUCUCUCGAGUUCAUCUGGAGAGGAUGAAGACAACGAGUUUAUUGAAUACGAAAGCGAUACGAGUGCAGAAACAGAAGAUGAAGAGGACAUCGACGGAGUCGCCUCCCCAAGCUCCAGGAGCUACGGAUCCCGUACUAGUGAGAUAGAAUGGCUUCGCCUUAAAAUCGCGAUUGCCCGCGUUACCACCUUGCGGAAGGUGGUUGAGGUCACUGAGCAAGCAGAGCUAAGGCUUCUCGUGGACGAGCAGGUGUGCCGCUAUGGACUACCUCCAUCGGUAUGUAUGCGGCAAAACCGCAACAGAACCGACAUUCCGGUAGCUCGCCUGGUCCAUGAUCAUCCGGAAGGCAGACCGAGGACCAGCAGGCGCAGCCGCCCGCGCGACGUCUUUGAGCUAGCGGCCGAAGCGAUGACUUUGAUAGACCCGGAAACUAACACAGUCGUGCGACCAGAUGAAUUUCCGUGGAAUACGAAGCGUGGCACCGGCGCUGGGGAGUGCUUUCACGGUGUUGUGCAACCGCGACUGCAGAUGGUGACGAAGUAUUUCCCGGUGCCGACUGCCCAGGAGCUGGAGAGGUUGAACGCUUUGUGCGACAUGAAAAUCCCGACUGCAGUGAAACAGCUCGAGGAAAUCCCGGAAGCCUUCGGACUGAUACAAGGACCAGUUCCUUUUUUGCAGUCUGCUUGGGGGGACACAUGCAAACUUCUGCACGCGCGCUACGUAACUGAGCUCUGGAUAGAUUUGGAGCAAGCGCUGGCGAUUUACGGGCCGCGCGACGGAUGGCGGGUAGCUGAAGAAAAGGAAAAUGAAGAAAAAGAAGAAGAAGAACAAGCGGACUAAAGGCUACAUACUCAUACAUCAUGACUCGACAGGGUAAUCUUAUUUUGAUGUUGAGUAAUUCUCACAAAACUGUCGAAACUCACCUUUGAACAUGUACAUGGAAAUCACAAGCUACGAAUAAUCUUGAUUCUCACGCGUCUAACAUAAGGUAAAAGUCAAAUUUGAAUUUCGCAGGGAAGGACAAGGAACGUUGGUCAGAUUUUGCAACGUGAAUGAUGAUAGAUGAUUUUGAGUUACUCGCUCACCUAAAGAAGCAGACGUGUUGAUGUAUCUAGAUCUACGACAAU